GAAGGAGCGCGCCGCGCCCGGAGAGAGCCUCGCACGCUCCCGGGGCCGCUAGGACGCGCGGCGGCGGCGGCGGCCCCUCCCCGGCGGGGCCGGGCGGGCUGCUGGGAGUUGUGGUCCGCGCCUCCAGCGCCGGAGCAGACCGUCGGUCGGUCGGGACGGGUGAGCGGAACCCGGCGGCAGGUUGUCCGAGAAGAUCCAGGGGGAGGCUGGAUUCCCGCAGGAGGCGGCACUUGGAGGGGCGGGAGGACCAAGGUUCUCAGAGCAGCGGCUCCCCCUUCGAGAGACACGAUGCCGCCGUGGGAAACCCCUUUGGCGGGUCAGGAACCCGGGUCCGCAAUGGGAGCGGCCCCAUUGGCCGCCUUGAGCUGGGCCCUUGGCACCCAGAUUCCUAGGAACGCUUUCGCUGCCUGACUGGCCUUUCUGCCGGGUGAAGCUGCCCAGGUCCUGCCCAGCUUCUCCUGUUGAGUUCCUCCUUGGGCCUCCCUUUGCCCCAGUGGCAAGGCUUUGCACGGCAGCUGCCAAGAUGUCCCUGGAGGGGCUGAUGUGCUGCCGUGGGUCGCUUGACUGGCUGAGGGAGUUCAUCGGCUCCACCAUCCAGUCGGUGCGGGACUGCGACCCCCCUGCCCUCAGCACCCUGGCCCUGCUGCUGGCGCUCUUCGUCUGGUACUGCUAUCAAGUGGGGCGGGAGCAGCAGCCCCGGCCCUACGCCACAGUGCUCCAGGGGGGCGUGGAGGUGGCCGGCCUGCAGAACGGCUUCAGCCACUGCCGCUCCCCCGAGUGCGUGCGCUGUGCCCAGAGCGAUGGGCUGAACCAGAAGCUCUACCACAACCUGCAGGAGUAUGCCAAGCGGUACUCGUGGGCGGGCAUGGGCCGCAUCCACAAGGGCAUCCGCGAGCAGGGCCGCUACCUGGCCAGCCGGCCAUCCAUCCAGCGGCCGGAGGUCUUCUUCCUGCCCGACUUGCCCACCGCCCCCUAUUUCUCCCGGGAAGCCCAGAAACACGACGUGGAACUGCUGGAGCGCAACUUCCAGACCAUCCUGUACGAGUUCGAAUCCCUCUACAAAGCCUUCUCCAACUGCAGCCUGCCAGACGGAUGGAAGGUCAACAGCACGCCCAGCGGCGAGUGGUUGACCUUCUACCUGGUCAACCAGGGCACCUGCGUGCCCCGGAACUGCCGGAAGUGCCCUCGGACAUACCGCUUGCUGGGGAGCCUCCGCACCUGUGUGGGCAGCAACGUGUUUGGCAACGCCGGCAUCUCCGUGCUGAGCCCCGGCACCGUCAUCACUGAGCACUAUGGGCCGACCAAUAUCCGCGUGCGCUGCCACCUGGGCUUGAAGACGCCCAGCGGCUGUGAGCUGGUGGUGGGAGGUGAGCCCCAGUGUUGGGCCGAAGGGCGCUGCCUGGUUUUUGACGACUCCUUCCUGCAUACCGCCUACCAUGGAGGCCUCCCUGAGGAAGGACCCCGUGCGGUGUUCAUGGUAGACCUUUGGCACCCCAACGUUGCUGCGGCCGAGCGCCAGGCCCUCGAUUUCAUUUUCGCUCCUGGACGGUGACGCGGUGCUUCUCCUCCUCCUCUCCAGAGCAGGUCCCGUGUUUCUGCAGAGGUGGCUGCCCUCCUGCCUGGGCAACACAGGCCCCCUUCACCCACAGCUGACGGAGGGGCCUCUCCCCUUGCACCGGAUUUGGUACCCAGUGAGCCUUUUCACCUUGCCUCCCCUCCCCCCACCAUCUUGCUUGGGGCUGGACUGCCCCCUUUCUCCCUGUGAUUAGGCCAAAUGCUGCUGUAGUGUCCGUCCACUCGCUACUUGUGCGUUGCUGUGCCCAGAAUUUUGCAUCUGCCGUUCUUGAAGGCGUCGAUGAAGCUCGUUGUGCCAAUCUGAUCCUCCUCAAAAGGCAACCCCGCCCCCCCGUCACCCAUCCUCACUGCAGCUUCAGACACCAGUGGGCCUCCCCAGGCCAGAUCCUGUCGUCCCCCUGCCCUCGACAGAAGUGAGUGGAAGCAAAGCAGGGCAGCCAAAGGGCCCAGGUUCCCCCCCCCUUUCACAAGCCCUGCGCUGGGGGCUCUGGGCCUUGCUUGGGGUGCUCCUGCCUGGACUGGGGCACCCGUGUGUGCGGGGGGUUGCCGUGGGCUCUCCCUGCAGAAGGGCGAGGAGGGGGCUUUCAGGGCUUCGUGGGGGCAGAAGCCGAAAGGAAGGGAGCCCCAGCUGGGGGGGCCAUCUCCUUCUCACACAUCAGAGUCAUUCCAGUGAGACUCUGCACCCCACCUGCCACGCGGGGCAGGGCAGCAUUGUGGCUUGGCCAAGGCCAGGACUUUUCAAUAAAACACCUGU